AUGGCAUAUAACGAAGGAUAUUUGUACGGAGCAGGUGCUCUUGGACGAGAACCUGAUUAUACGAUUUCACACAAGUUUAUUAAAGAAUAUUUGCAGCUUGACGAAUCAUUGUUCAGUUAUCAAGACAAUUGCUACUAUCUUUCCAAUUAUUGUCAUCUUGAAAAUCGCGGUGGGCAUCGAUACUUGAGACCAUCAAAAAGUUCGAAAUUCGUACUGAAACAAGGUUAUCAUUUAUUUUACAACUAUGAGUGGACAUACAGUUAUCACGGAACUGACCCAAAGAAUAUCAAAAGUAUCCUUAAAUACGGCUUGAAGAAGCCUGGAUCCUUUGCUGGCAGUAAUAAAGUCGAAUUAGCGCAUGGGUCGGUAUAUGGUUGUGGCAUUUACACAUCAAAGAUCCCAUUGUACUCACAAUUGUACGCACCGAUGAUUAAAUGGGGAGAUAAGUAUUUUCAAACGAUCUUAAUUGUACGACAAAAGCCGAAUUCCAUUGAUGCUCAAGAAGGAGAAGGCUCAUAUACGAAAAGCUUGCUUGGACACACCGACAUCCAUAAGUUGUACAAAGGGAAAAUUUCAUCAGAUGAAAUGCAAUACGUUUGCUUCGAUGAGAGUUCGUGUGUUUUACAUGCCUUAUUAAUCAAAGUUCAUGAUAAUUGUGAUGAAGA